GAAAAACCAACGGCUGGAGAGUCCUUAGCAACCCCCAGCGGGUUUUGAAAUCCGUGGGGGAAAGACUGUGUGGGCAGCUGUGGGUGUGGAGGAGGGCGCCUAUGCCACAGGAAGAGCAGGCUCUCAGGAUGGACACCCCACCCCCCGAAGAGCUCUUAGAUCAGGAAAGUGGAAAAUUGAGAAACCAGGAAGACGAGAUGGAUUUUAAGGAACUGGACGGUCUGAGGGAAGCCUUGGCGAAUCUCCGGGACCUGUCCGAGGAGGAGAAGAGCGAGAAGGCGAUGCUUUGCUCCCGCAUUCAGGAGCAGUCCCAGCUCAUCUGCAUCCUGAAGCGGAGGUCGGAUAAGGCCCUGGAGCGCUGUCAGAUCCUGGAGCUGCUCAACAAGGAGCUGGAGGAGGAGAGGGAGCAGGAGGCGGAGAAGCUGAAGGCUCAGCGCCAGCACGCCCGGAAGCUGGAGGAGCGCUUUAUGACCCUGGCGACCAACCACGAGAUGAUGAUCCGCUUCAAGGAUGAGCACAAGAAUCAGAACAUCAAGCUCAAAGAGGAGAACGAGAAACUGAGGCUGGAGAACAGCAGCCUCUUCAGCCAGGCUCUGAGGGACAAGGAGGCCAAAGUGUUGCAGCUCACGGCCCAGAGCACGGAUCUCACCAAGCAGGUGGAGUCUCUGAAACAGAGGUGUGUUCAGGAUGCCCGUCAGGCACAGGCCCGGGAGAAGGAGCUGCUGGAGCUACAGAGCCAGCAGGCGCGCGCCCAUGCCAAGGAGACAGAGCAGCUGCGCAGUGAGCUGCGAAGCCUCAAGCAGCAGCACCAGCAGGCCUUGGAGCAGAUGGCCAAGGCCGAGGAGAAGCACAGCAUCCUGAGCCAGGAGCUGCAGGCCAGGCUGCAGACCACGGCUAGCGAGAAGGAGGAGCUGCUGCAGCUGUCCAUGGAGAGAGGCAAAGUGCUUCAGAACAAGCAGGCGGAGAUUCGCCUGCUUGAGGAGAGGUUGGAGACUGCCGAUGUGGCCAGGAGGCAUGCGCUGGAGCGGUUUGAGCAGGAGGCAGUGGCGGUGAACAGCAAUUUGAGAGUCCGGGAACUUCAGCGCCGGGUGGAAGGGAUCCAGAAGGCCUAUGAAGAACUCAGGCUGCAGUCAGAAGCCUUCAAAAAGCACAGCUUGGAUCUUUUAAGCAAGGAGAGAGAACUCAAUGCCAAACUCCGUCAUCUCUCUCCAUGAGGAAGCUUCUGCUUUCUCUAGCCUCCGAUUGAGAAUUCAGAUAUGUGUGCCUUAGUCUUAUGAAAAGAGUAUAUAUGAUAUGCCAUUUGUUAUACUUUUAAGCACAAAAGGCAACUCAAAGAAAAGCUUCUUUACUAUGAUGUUGUUGUUGCUAUUGUAAAGCUAACAAUGUUCUGUUCUACUAUCUAGAAUAUACAAGAUUUCCUUCUGUGCCUUUGAAAUCUUAAAUUUCUUAUCAGCAUCUCAUCCACCCUAUUACUUAUUCAUUCUCAACCUCAGAGAUCUUGGUACAGCCUAAGAUUUUAAAUUAUCAUUGUCUAUGAUUAUACGGAGUCUAAAAUGUGCAACGAGAUAGGACAUGGUGGAAAAGUUAGCACAAUUAAUCUUCUUAGAUGAGUGAGGCAAUAGUCUUCCACAGUUAAGAUUGUAAGCAAGCAGAUAACAGCAUAAUAAUAGAAUGGAUGCUUCACAGGAAAAAAAAAAGAGUAAUUUUAUUUUGCAUUAUCUUGAAGAACAAAAUUAAGAUCAUUAAGUUUUUUACUAAAGUAGGCCGACUUUGUUAUAAUCAUUCUGUAUGAAUAGUAAAAUUCAAGCAAAUCAACCAAUGUUUAUUUUUUCUGCAGGCUUAGAUCACAUUCCAUUUCCCUGGUUUUCUCCAUAAAGACAAGAUUUAGAUGCACAGUAAUGCAAAUGUCAGUAGUUUCAUUUAAUACUGAACAAUAUAGUGCUAGACCAAAGGUUCCAAUGUGGAGUAACAAGUCAUAGCAAACCGGGUGCAUUUCAUAUAAUAAUUCAUAUUGAUUGGUUUUAUUACCAUAUUUUCAUGUAAAACUUUUUGCUUAAAAAGUCUAAGUUGAACAUGUCUGAAGGUACUUCACAAAGGUCACAGAAAAUGGAAUUUAUGCUUGAUCUUAGCCAAAACGUUGAGAAGUGAUAAAAAAAUGGAAUUUCAAAACAUGUUUAUUUUGAUGCAAAAAUUUUUUGAAAUAGUUUUCUUAACAAUAUAAACUUUUCAUGAACUUUUUGAAGACCCUCAUUUGCUUAUGCUUAAGAGCAUUUUUAUAGGAAGUUAUAAAAGCAAUAGUUAUUAUAUAUUAUUUAUUAAAGUUCUUAAAGAUAGACACUUUUUGUUUCCCUAUUUCUCUGUAUUUAGUUAUUGAUAUAUAAACAUAUGAGUGUCUCUCAAAAUAGAUGUAGUAUUUUUCUCACCCAUCUGAUGACAAGAGUAUCAAGACUAAUAUAACAAAUUGGAUUUACUAAAAGUUAGUGCCUUUUUAAUAAACCAUUUCCAAGCAAAUGUUACCUCAGUUCAAGCAUGUUUUAAAACUAUUUUCUCAUAUUUCUAUUAAAAUGAUACUGUUAAGUACAAAUUUUUCUUAUCAAAAUAGCACCCAUAUUGCUGGUUUAAAAGGCCCACUUACUUCCUUCUACAGCUUACCAAGAAUCAGAAUAUAGAAGUUAAUCAUGGUUAUUCUUUGUGGAACCCAUACCACUUGUCCCUGUACUGGAGAAAUUUAGUUUCUUUUUUAGGUGAUUUCCUUCCUGCCAGGCUCCGUUGUAGGGGUUACAGAACAGUCGUUCCCGCCUCACAACCUGGUAAGGAUCCAUCUCUUCACGUAACGCUCAUGCUCUGCUGCUUAGUCUACUUUAAUGGGCAACAUCUCAAUUUGUGUGUGUGUGAUCUUUUUGUUUUUUCUUUUUUGGAAGGUGGGAGGGGAAUCUAAUUUGGGCCCUGUCCACCCUGGAAACAGACUUGUGCUGGUCAAUAAUGUAUUUAAGAUGCUUCUUCUGGUUGAAAUAGCUGUUAAUGUGUCCCCUUGUUCAGACUUGCGUGUACCUAGCUCUUCUGUCCCCAGUGUGGACAUGGCCUUGGAUGACAUCGGUUCCAACUGUACACUGAAACCUGCUUAUAGAGAUACAGUUUGGAGACAGUGAAACAGGUGAAGUUGAAUGGAAGUUCCGAGUUGUACAAGGUGCAAAUUGGAAUUCCAAUUUUAAUGCAACUUUUCAGAGGUUGACAAAUAAGUAUUUGGGGCAUGCACAUAUGUAAUAGUUAUUUUGCUGGAGAUGACAGAAAUCUUUUAAAUAUUCAAGAAUGCCUUUUAGGUUUUCAGUAGAAGAUACAGAAAUUCAGCCUACUGAAAGUAACAUUUUAAUAUCUCUCCAUUAGAGAAGUUGGAAAUUAACAUGCAUAUAAGAUUCCUUCCUGUGUUUUAGUUAACUGGGGAAAGACUAAGAAUGGUUAAUGAAAUGUUUCCUUGAGGACCAGCACAGUGAUUUACCCUAUCACUGAUCAUGAAUAAAUUGUUGAAAACACUUACUUUAUGUUGUAUUACAAUUUUAGGUUAAAUUUAUGUAUGUAUGAUUAGAUAUUGAAGGUUGUGAAAUGUGAAUGAAAACAUGUAAAGUGAGGCUUCACAAAGAAUCUUUAUAUUUCAAGAGUAUUUGUCCUAUUUAAAAGUAAUUUUUGAAACUGAGUGGUUCUGGCCACUUAAAUGUCAUGGUUGAUGCUACUUUUCCAAAGAUGGGACGUGUUCUUCCCCUGAAGUACUUCAUUAUGUAUUGUCCAGUUGUAUAAAUUCAGUUAUGGUGUCUUUCGGUGUAAGAAGUAUUAAAUUCUUUGUGAAACGUCACUGUUUGAUAAAGUAUAUACGUAUUUAGCAUCCUUGUUUUUCUUUGUGCUAAAGUGGAUACAGCUGUUGGGGCAGAAGAGACGGGACCAGCUGCUGGCCACAUUUCCUGCUUUAUUUUAAAAGGUAGUAUAAGAAAUGAGGAAAAAGAGGUAAUAUCAGGGCUUCUGCUGUCUUUUGUUUUUAAAAUGUUCAUAAUUAAAAAGUAUUUUCCAGCAGUCCAAAGAUGUAAGUUAUAUUAUGAAAUGUUUUUAUUUUGUUGUUAUUUGGUUAUGAAAAUGGAAUCCUUGUUCUUGCACAAUGUAAAUGAUUUGUUGCUAGAUUUGAGACCUAAAUUGGUCUCUGGUUUCCAGUGCAUCACAGCAUAUUCUGUAAAAUCAUCUACUGCACUUGAGCAUGAAUGGGUAGUAGCUAAACUCACAACCUGGAGUGAUGAACCUGCUUAUACCUAAGGGCAGGAGCAAGCCCCUCACAAUGCAGCUGCAUGGAUUUUUAGUGCCUACUGAAUAAUAUAUAUACAUAUAUAUAUAAACCAAAAGUAGUUGGAAAAUUAUUUGAAAUGACUAAUUUGUGCUAUCUUUAUGAAAUAUGUUAAAUGUAGCUUUUUGAAACAGAAGCCUUGAAUUGAAAUUUAACUAAUACUUGAACAUUUUGUAUAUAUUUCUUUGUAUAUAAUUUUGUGCAGUACCAACGACAAAAAUAUGGUGUCAUAAUAAAACCAGGUUUGUUGAUCUUUCAGUUAUGGGCUCAAAGAAUUUAUUCAUCUCUAACAUGACAUUGGAAAAUAAUGGAUGAAAAUAGGAAAAAUGAUUGUUGUUAAUGCUGACUGUGGGUCUUAAUCAAAAGGUUCUGGAAGCACUUAGCAGUGUCUGCAAAAACGAAUCUUUUCCUACAACCUGUUAACUGACUGGACUGAUGGUAACAAAGUAAUUGUGGGAGCCAUGUCGGUCAAAAAUUUGGCAUCUGCUGAAAAAAAAAAAGAAUGCCAUUUUCAAGUUCCCAAAUUACUUCUAUACUGAUUUUACUUUCCAGAAAUGGAGCUAUGAAAAGAUUCUCUGGAAUUCUUGAAAGACUUAAUAGAAAUACAUGAGACAUGAGACUAAGUUAAUUUUGGAACAGAAUUAGACUUUUUUUUUGUCUUUCAUGGGAGUGAUACUCACUUCUUUGCAUACCUUUAAAAAAUUGUAACCAUUGGAGAAGAGAAUUAGAGUAUCUCAUCAAGAAAUACUAGUUUCUUUACAUAAUCAAGAGCAUAUUCUAUGUAUUACAUUUAGUGGACUAGAAUUACAUAAACAGGCCAUCAGUGAUCACAGGCAUAUCAUGAGUUUGUAUUUCUUUCCUGGAACAUGAGAGCUUAUUUGGAGUACAGACACCUUGCUGAGUAGAAUAUAAAGGUUAAUGUAAAGUCCUUCAUAGUCUUUUAAAAUAGAUGCAUUGAAUUGUCUGUAAUCUCAAAAAGUUGAUGAUGAUUAAAUGUCUGGGUAGUUAAUUGAAAAUUAGGUAAUACCAGGAUGUGUGGAUUCUGAGAUUUUGGCUUCUUGAGCUUUCUUUGAGUACUUGACACUUUUCUUAAAAAAAAUAUUUUGCGGUUUCUAAUGAAUGGUAUACUAGUUUCUACUGUUUAUUAAAAUUUAUCGAGUUAUGUAAGGGCUUUAGUAUGCUGGAUGAUGAGAGUGACUUUUUUCGUGGCAUAUGGUUGUUUACUUAAUUGAAAUACUUUUUCCAGUUUAUUACAAGUGUAAAAAAACACUCAAAACUCUGGAUUGUUUUCUUUCAUUUUCAUUGGAUUGUGUUAACAUAUUUCACCUGGUCUAGACUGUCAUUUUAUCUUACUGAUUCAGUUGGGAAGAGUGCAGAUGAUAGACGAGGGAGGGGAUAGGAGAUAGGCUCUUAUUUGUAAUGAUUGUAUAGUUGGUUUUUGUUUGGCAUUCAGAUCUUUCUAAAUCCAUUCAUGCAUUCAGUGCCUGUGAAGCCAGGCAGCAAAGAGCCUUCCUGCUGGCUAUUUACAUGCUUGUGGUUAAUGCUGUUACAGUCUAGCUGGUUGUAAUUACACAACCAAGUUUAAACACUAACACUUUGGUGACUAUGACUACUAUUUUGAUUACCAAUGUUAAUGAGUAAUUAUCUUUUUAAUAUGUGAUUGCCUAAUUCAGGAUUUUGAAGGUGUAGUUAAGGGCCACACCAAUUUUAGUCAGGUUUUUCAGCUAAAUAAUCUGAUGAUUGAUGAAAGUUGAAUAGUUAGUACAAUGUUUUGAUAUUUUUUUCCCCAGAAUAUUUUUGCUAUUUUUCUCCUUUAAUUACCAUGUAAGCUAGGAAUCAAAGCACUUCCUUUAGAAUCAUGCAGAGUGCUUUGUUUGACCAGCGAGAGACAGAAGAGCUCCCAUCUAUCAGCUGGUUUACUCCCUCAUAUGCCUGCAAUGGCCAAGACUGGGCCAGAGGUGAAGCCAGGAGUCAGGAACUCAAUCCAGGUCUCCCAUGUGAGUGGCAGGGACGCAGGACCCAAAUACUUGAGCCAUCACUGAUACUUUCCAAGGUUUAUAAUGUCAGGAAAUUGAAAUCAGGAGCCACAGCCAGGCAUCACAUAAAUCCAGACACUUUGAUGGGGCACAGGCAUAUUAACUGCUAGGCCAAAUGUCCCUCUGUUACCCUAUACUUUCUGUUGUUGAAAAUACUUAGCUUAGUUUUCACAAUGAAUGAACUUAAAAAUCUAGUCAGUAGUUUUGUAUAUUGUGUAGUUCUGUUUAUGUAGUGAUAUGAAUUUUAUUGGGAGUCCAGCAACUUUAGAAUGUACCUCCAGAUUCUGUAUCUUCCCUGUGUAUCCACUGAUGUUAAUUGUCCUAGAACCCUCUGGCUCUUUGUGUACUAUAAUUUGGAGUUUAAAAAGUAGACUGAUAUCUUAAGUAUGAGCCCCCCCCUCCCAUUUUUUUUUUUUUAAGUCAGAUUAACUACAAAGUGAGUUGUAAGAUUUUUAGUAGGUUGUCUACUGUGUUUGGACUGAAAUACCAAAAACUUACUUUCCUUACUGAUUGAGGUAGUGUUCUUCAGGUCUUAUCUCUAAAUCAUAAUGUAGAUUGCAGAAAGUUCAAAUCAUAUACCUACCCUCAGACCAAAAACUUUGGUAGAGUUGAAGUAGCAGACUUAGCAUAAUUUAUUGCUUAUGUCACCUAUUUAUGCUAAUUGGAAAGAUGAUUCAAGAGUAUGUACAGAGGAUAGAUGUGACUUUUUGAUUACAGAAACUGUUAGAAACUCUUCAGCCCAUUUACAGAUAGUAUUAUGUGAAGAAGUAAAUAUUCUGGGAAUAUUUAAUAUAUUAGGAAAACAUUUUGUACUCAAGUAUUAAACAGCAGUAUUAGUGGGUUUUGAAUUGUUUUGAUUGUACUAUUUGUAUUCUUAAGGAGUCAUUUAUUAAUUUGGAUUUGAAAUUAGGAAUUCAUUACUGUUUUCAGUGAUAAGGGAAACUGCUUUGAAUAUGAGUGAGAAUGCAGGUAAAAUUGGAUUGGAGGGCUUGAUAUUUAUGCUUGAAAAUAAGGAGGGUUUCCCCUCCACCACAUCUUUUAAGUUUUAUAUAUAUGAGGAGGCUUCAAAAAAAAUUGUGAAAAAUGGAAUUAAACUGUAGUGCUUAGUUUCCAGGAACUUCUGGAAGCCCCCUCAGAUGUUUUCUUCUCUUCCUUUAAGUUGCACAAUUUUCAAAAAACUUGGGAAAUCUAGGAAAGAAUCAAGAUUGAAAAAACUCAUUUGUAACUCUAGCCCUUGCAAUAUCCACAGUAUACUUUCUUUUAAUCUUCUGUGCAUAUAGAUUCUUUUGCCUUAAACUGAAGAUCAUUUCCUAUCUUAGUAGAGAGUACAUUUUAUAAGGUUGUUGAGAGACCACCUUUGUUUUCUAAAAAAUUGAAAAUAUUUUGUUAAUUUCACUAGAAUUUUAAAUCUUUGGCUACACUGCCUUAUUUUCUUUAAGCAGAGGCUGAAAAACCUGUUUGAUUCACAAGGUUCCUUUUUUAAAUUCACUUUUUUAUAUAUUUUUAGUAGCAUGGGAUUGUUUCACACAGAUAAAUCACUAUAUUUGGAAGGAAUAGUUAAGAUGCUCAUGAGUAUAUAUGAUCUAUUUGCUUGGUACAUUAGUGAUUGGUCUCCUUUAUAUGAAAGUGCUGGUCUAGACCUGUGUUGUCUAUUAAGAUAGCUGCUAAUAUACAUGUGGCUAAAAUUGGACAAUGCUGAUUCAGAUGCUGUCAUGAAAAAGAGUUUAAAGAACUAGGAUGAGAAGUCUUAGAAGAGUAACACUUCAAAAUGUAAGUGAUCUCAGGAAAUGAAUCAGGAUAUUUCAGGAAGCAAAACCAACAGGAUAGGAAAAAUGUGGGUUCCACUUUAGUGCCUGAUAUAUCAAGAGGUAUGUUAGGCAGUUUAUCUGUAAUAUUUCAUGUAGUGUCAGCCCUGAGCAAAAUUAAUAAUGAGUAAAUUGAAGACCAGAGAAACUAAUUUACUCAGUCCUGUACUUUGAAGAGGUUCCACUUAAAAAAAAAUUGUUUGUUUAUUUGAAAGGCAGAGAAGGAGAGACGGAGAUCUUUUAUCCCUUGCUCACUCCCAUAUGGGUAAAAAAGCUAGGUCGGGGCUGGGCCAAAGUCAACAGCAGGAAGUUCAUCUUGAUCUCCCACAUGAGGGGCAGGGGCCCAAGUACCUGGACCAUCUUCCACUGCCUCUUCAGGCAUAUUGGCAGGGAGCUGGAUCAGCAGUAGAGCAGCCUGACGAAGGUUGGCACUUGAAUAUGGGAUUUGGGUGUCACAAGCAGUGGCAUAAUAUGUUGUACCACAGUACUUGCCCCAGAGGCUCAUGUUUUAAUUCUGAAGCCAUCCCACAAUACAUAGAUGCGUGAAAUAUACACUGCUUAAAUUUUCUAGAAAUACAACUUUCCAAGAAUACAGAUUGGGAUUGCUCCUUUUUUUAAGAUUGCUAAAUAUGUUCUAAAGAUUAAUAUUACCUAUGGGAACACUUUCAGUUGAGAAAAUGAAGUAUAAGUAACUUUUGCAAUGUGUGUAUGUGUGUGUGUGUGUGUGCGCAUUCCUGUUUGGCUUUAUGAGUCUUCAGUGAAAUUACCAUAAGGUUACUUUUUCAAACUUGGUGUCUAAUGUUAAAGAGUGGAGUGAACAAUGUGCAAGAGACAAAUAUGGGCAAACCAGAUAAGUUAUGCUCUUUAAGUUGAUAGCCUUUAUUGGAGUUCAUUCAGCCUUUUAUUGCCUUGUGUAAUCUUUCGUUAAGUUCCAAAAUUGUACUUCACAUGAUAAAUGACAGUUAUAUGUAUUCAUAAUCUAGGUACAGGUUAUUUUUACCAUUUUAUUUUUGUACAUAUAUUUGCUUAAAAUCAAUGAAAUUUUAAGCCAGGUUCAGGUAACUGAAGGGCCUUUAUAAGUAGUUUAUAUUGUCUAGACCCAAGGUAUGCUGCAAACACAGUCUGGAGCAAAAUGGGAAAUACCAUUUUUCUAAAGACAGGCUUUGAAAUUCUAAUCCAGUAAGUUAAGAUGUUUCCUUUCUCUGGCAGGAGGGCUGAUUGAUACCUGUGAAAAUAUUGAGAUAUUUCACUAGAAAAGAUAUUGUAUUAAGUGGCAAACCUACGUAUAACACAUUAAUACUAAAAGUCUUAAGAUAAAACUAGAUACAGAUUAAGAUAAAGCUAUUUUCAGGGCCUAUUAACCCUAAAAACUCUUUUUUUUAAAACUUUAUAAAAAUUUUAUGAAAAAAUUUUUAAAAAUUUAUUUGAAAGGCAAGAGUCAGAGGUCUGCUGGUUCACUGCCCAAAUGCUCAUAAUAGGCAGGGCUGGACCAGUCCAAAGCUGGGAGCUGGGAACUUAAUCCAGGUCUCCCACAUGGGUAUUAGUGACCCAAAUACUUGAGCUAUCACUUGCUGCCUCUCAAGGUACACACAAGUUGGAAUUAGGAAUGGAUCUGGAACUCAAACCCAGGCAUUCCAAUAUGGGAUGCAGGCAUCCCCAGCACUGUCUUAACCACUGCACCAAACGUCCACUCAGUCCUUAGGUAUUCUUUUGCUCCUUUGGUUUACCUCCAAGGUAUCUCAUAAAAUAGAUUGCUGAUACAAGAGUUCAACAGAGAAUAACCAGAAUUAUUUUGGAGUAGUAAACUUACAGCCAUUUUUUGACAGUUUUUCAGUUCAAGUACUCAAACUCCUCUAAGAAAAUAAGGUAGAUAGCUAUCUUACUAGGCAUAGUGUUUUUGCAAUUUUGUAGUGGGCGUUCAACACACAAAUUAAGGUUAAUAACCUGAGCUAUACACCAAAAGGCACCGUGUGAUAAAGUUCUAGAACUGUGUUCAAAUUUUUGAGAAGUAAAAUUUGAUUACUUACAAGAACAACAUAAGUCUUAGUAACUUCUAAUCAAAAAGGAUUGUUCUUUUUGAUCUAAAGUUUGCUGUUUUUAAGUUGUGAGUUUUUCAAUGAUUAUGAGAAAAUGAAGACUCCUACUCACCUGGCUGCUAGGCCACCAUUCACAGGUAUGGCCAAAAAAACAGGGUACAAACCACCAAAAACAAGACCAACCAGUCCACUCCGUGUUACGGUACAGGUUUCACAAUUCAGUUCACCUAGGAGACACAUUAAUUAGUUCUGGAAGUAAAGGUCAUGAUAGUCAAGCAAACAUGAUUUUAAAGAAUGAACAGUGUCCCUUAAGUGUAUCAAAAAUAUUUAAUUUUCAGACAAUAAUUCAGUAAGUAGAAUUCUGUAAGGCAUGUUAAAAGACAGAAUUACAUGUAUGAGUAACCUAAAAUCACCAGGAAUGACUAAUAAAACCAUCUCAGGAAAGCACAUUCUGUAAUUUAUUCUGAAUUUGCAUCUAAUCAUCUCAAGGUUUGAGCUGUUGGUAACUUUCUGCACUUUCGAAUCAACGGACCUGAGCUGAUAUUUUCACUCAAUGUUGCAAGUUCACUGGGCAUAAGGUAUCCUUGAACCAUAAAAAUUCUUUUCACAUUGGUCAUGGGAAUUCAAACAAAAUGCUCAAUUUAAAUAAAUUUAGAGUAGCACUUAACAGAAAAACUGGACCACCUGCUCUUAAGUCCUCAUGGUAAUAUUUCUAUGAAAUCAUUAAUCAAAAGAUUUUUCAUGAUUAUACUCUGUAUUUAGUAUACAUGGUAAAUUUUCAGAAGGAAAUUAUAUCCCAUUUAUUUGAUAAAUACACAUACAGGUAGUACUUCAAGAGAUUUGUUACAUAAGAAAGUAUUAUAUAAGAAAGUAUUAAAGUAGCAAAUAACAUAUACCAAGGUAAACUGGUGACAAUGAAACCGAAUUUACCUGUACUCAAAGGAAAACUCACAAAACCUUUGUAAGAUAUAUGUGCUGUCAAAAAUGGGAUCACUGCCAUUGGUAAGCCAGCAGCUAUACGAGCAUGUGUCACAUUCAA